AAACGUACCAACAGUGGUCUAUCAACCAUUUGUUAAAUCUACGACACACAAUGUUGAUAUAUAUAUAAAUAUGAUAUAUUAUAUCAACUGAGCACAGAAAGGGUGUCAACAAAUUCCCGUAGAAGGCAAGCAGCAGGUUGGCAGCUGGAGUGCGCCAGUUUGUCUGGAUUUCCACUGGAUAUGUUCACUUGACUGCGCGGUUGAGUCUGGGAGCGCAGUCGCUCGCUAGGAACACAUCCAUGUGAUUACAUUCCACCUACCUUCACUUGGUCGAAAGAAACGAACGAACGAGGAAUACGAUUGACUAGCUUAUAUCGGUGCGACUGUCAGAAUUGAUUACCAAUGGUCAAUACUACAGAACCAAUUCGUAUACGCCACCUGAGAAUUGACUGCAACUUUCAGUGGUAUUCCUUGAAGUAGCAUCUCCAAGAAGAUUGCUCUGCGACCAAAAGGAUAUAGCUAGCAGCCAAGACGAAAUCCUUCAAGAAUCCUUGCGCCGGCCGUCAGUGCGCGCGUGCUUUUGGAAACAUGGGUUGUACAUUAAGUGCAGAAGAUAAAGCGGCCGCGGAGAGAUCAAAGAUGAUUGAUAAAAAUCUCCGCGAGGAUGGAGAGAAGGCGGCAAGGGAGGUGAAACUGCUCUUGCUAGGUGCCGGGGAGUCUGGGAAAAGCACCAUCGUCAAGCAGAUGAAGAUCAUCCAUGAGGAUGGCUACUCAGAAGACGAGUGUAAGCAGUACAGAGCUGUGGUCUACAGCAACACCAUCCAGUCCAUCAUGGCUAUUAUCAAGGCCAUGGGCAACCUCAAGAUUGACUACACAGAGGCCUCCAGAGAGGACGAUGCCCGCCAGCUCUUUGCCCUGUCGGCUGCUGCUGAGGAGCAGGGCAUCCUGCCCGAUGACCUGUCCAAAGUGAUCCGCCGCCUGUGGGCCGACAGCGGGGUGCAAGGCUGCUUCACGCGCUCCCGGGAGUACCAGCUCAACGACUCAGCCGCAUACUACCUGAACGAAAUGGAGAGGAUAGCCAAAUCAGACUACAUCCCCACACAGCAGGACGUGCUGCGGACCAGAGUGAAGACCACCGGCAUUGUGGAGACACACUUCACCUUCAAGGACCUGCACUUCAAGAUGUUUGACGUGGGCGGCCAGCGCUCAGAGAGGAAGAAAUGGAUCCACUGCUUUGAAGGAGUCACAGCCAUCAUCUUCUGUGUGGCGCUGAGUGCUUAUGACCUGGUGCUGGCUGAGGAUGAGGAGAUGAACCGGAUGCAUGAGAGCAUGAAGCUGUUUGACUCCAUCUGCAACAACAAGUGGUUCACAGAGACCUCCAUCAUCCUCUUCCUCAACAAGAAGGAUCUGUUUGAGGAGAAGAUUACACGCAGCCCCCUGGCUAUCUGCUACCCCGAGUACACAGGAGCCAACAAAUAUGAUGAGGCAGCCAGUCACAUCCAGACCAAGUUUGAGGACCUGAACAAGAAGAAGGACACCAAGGAGAUCUAUACCCACUUCACCUGUGCCACCGACACCAAGAACGUCCAGUUUGUCUUUGACGCCGUCACCGACGUCAUCAUUAAGAACAACCUGAAGGACUGUGGUCUCUUUUAGAGGCAGGGCCAGAGGAGGCGGGCCAGAGGAGGCUGGCCAGAGGAGGAGCUAAGGAGUACAGCCCAGAGAGCCUGCUGCCUGGAGGAGAGAGAGAGAGAGAGAGUGGGCAGACACAUCACCAUCACAGACACACUGGCACUUUUCUAUAUGGAAACAAACAUAACAGACUGAGAUGUUGGGGGAAAAAGCCUUGCAGAAUUAUUCCAACAAUCACUGAUUCUCAACCGUCAUGUCCUCCUCUCCCGCUUGUGUUUUUGUUUAUUUUCUUUGUAUGUUAGAUAUUUCAUUUGAUUAGGUGUCUCUUUUGUUAGUGAUAUCUGGCAAGUGUAAAUUUGAUCUCAGAUUUAUAAUUUUUUGCUUGUAUCUUUAUUGUUUAUAACUAUUAUCAGAGGUUAGAAAGAAAUGCAUUCACUUUACUUUAACAGAUGUCUGCAUUUUAUGAAACUUUAAAUUGCAUUAAGCUUAUUUUUCUACAGGGAAACAAGCAUGGAGAGAAAACAAAUUGUGAGGAAUUUUUGGGUGAUAUUGUUUACAUAAUGCCAACAAGGUUUGGGAUCAAUUUCAUUUCAAUUCCAUUCAAUUCAGAAUGGAAACCAAAUUCCAAUUUCAAAUUUUCUUCAUUGGAAACCAGUGAAGAGAAUUGGAAUUUCAAUGUACUUCCUGAAUUGACUGGAAUUUAAAUAAAAUUGACCCCAACCGUGAUGCCAACAUUCUUCGCUGUAUAAUAUUGCUUAUCGUUCUGCAUGACUGUCCAUAGAUGAUCAUAGCUGUAUUUCUGUAAUUCUCACAAACAAUGUAACAUUCCUUUAGAAAAUAAUGGCAAAAAGUUAAGAAAAAAGUAUCAAUUUUGAAGAUAAAAGAUUUUUAAACAAUAUUUAAUAUACAUGUGCUUUCCUAACAUUAUUUGUUUUUCUUUCUGUUUUUUUCUCUUUCAAUCCAUGUCUUUUGCAGUAUGUUUGUGCCUUGAUAUCUGUUACUUGUAGAGACUUGCUUUCUCCAUAGUGUGAAUUAGGGCUAUUUCUACUCCCAUACUAUUCCCAUUACUGAUCAAGUGGUAACAUAUAGAUCACAAUAAUGGCACAGAAAUUAACAAUGAUAGUCUUUUGGUAAAUAUUAAAAUGGUUUAAAUGUCCUACUAUUGUUUAAUUUAAAUAAAGUUUUAAUUUAAAUAAAGUCAGUUUCCAUC